UCGGUAUCUGGGACGGGUAAGACACUUGUCAUGGAGUGGAAGCCUACUUGGGGCAGUAGUCUCCAUGCCUUUGCAAAACUCUCCCAGCCUUGCCGAGCAGGAGAUGUAGGUAGUGUAAGAUGGCUAUUGUCCCCGAUUGCGAGUCUCUCCGAUACCGAAUCGCCGCCCUUCCCAAGAUGGGUGCUGGAUGGGGGAGUUGGAGGCCUCCUUUGUCCCAAGAGGGUAUCUAAGGUUUGUAAGUCUGACCAAGACCAGCUCACCAGUACCGCCGAGUAUCUAAAUAUAUUGACGAUGCCUACCUUCACCAGUUCUUUUGUCUUCUCCAAGAUGUGUUCUUUCUCCCCCCACGUGAAGGGGCAGAUAUUUGAACCAUUUCGUCGGUGGACAAGGUCGUCUGCAAAUGACAGAUUAUUAGGGUGUUGAGUUGCAAUCUCGUCUUGUUGUUGAUCGAGCUGUUUGGACAAGAUGCUUAGCAGAAGAUUUGUUUUUGGCGGACUUGCGGGGCUGCCUUG